AUCUUCAGACCUUUUCUAAAUUUCUUUCUCGCGCCGGGCUCCACACUUCUAUAUAAUAUUCAAUAUAAUAUAUGUUGUUACGGUCUCCGAGACUUGGCACUUCUUCUCACUCUGGAAUUUCAAUUUCCCGUGAAACUCACAUUUUCCGAUCAAGAAGCUUGCGAAAUUCAGAAAUGUCACCUCCGUUACUUUCCUUGGCUCUACCUUCGGAGACCGGUCGAGUUCUCAGUAUUCAAUCUCACACAGUUCAGGGAUAUGUUGGAAAUAAAUCAGCCGUCUUCCCUCUACAACUAUUGGGCUAUGAUGUGGAUCCAAUUAAUUCAGUGCAAUUCUCAAAUCACACAGCCUACUUGAAAAAUGAUGCAGGAUACCCAAGUUUUAAGGGACAAGUUUUGAAUGGACAGCAGCUAUGGGAACUAAUAGAAGGCCUUGAAGCGAAUAAUUUAUUAUACUACACUCAUUUACUAACAGGUUAUAUUGGUUCAGUUUCUUUUUUGAACACUAUAUUGGAAGUUGUCAAUAAGCUUCGUUCUGUAAACCCGAAACUUAUAUAUGUCUGUGAUCCAGUGCUGGGUGAUGAAGGAAAGCUAUAUGUCCCUUCAGAGCUGGUAUCAGUAUAUCGUGAAAAGGUUGUCCCAGUGGCUUCAAUGUUGACUCCCAACCAGUUUGAAGCAGAACAGUUGACUGGAUUCAGGAUUGGCUCUGAAAGAGAUGGUCGGGAAGCUUGUAACAUCCUUCAUGCUGCAGGACCAUCAAAGGUAGUGAUUACAAGCAUAGUUAUUGAUGGCAGUCUUCAUCUUAUUGGCAGUCAUCAGAAGGAGAAGGAUCAAUCUCCUGAGCAAUUUAAAAUUGUUAUUCCGAAAAUUCCAGCAUAUUUCACGGGAACAGGAGAUCUUAUGACCUCUCUUCUACUAGGUUGGAGCAAUAAAUAUCCUGACAACCUUGACAAGGCAGCAGAGCUUGCAGUAUCAAGCUUGCAGGCACUUCUGCAGAGGACAUUGAAUGACUAUAGAAGCGUGGGAUACGACCCCCAAUCAAGUAGUUUAGAGAUUCGUUUGAUUCAAAGCCAGGAUGACAUUCGCAAUCCACAAGUUGCAUUCAAAGCUGAAAAAUUCAACUAAAUGGGUGAUAUGCGGUGGGGCAUAUUUAAUAAUCAUGCUUAUCUGAUACAAUUUAGCAUUAUUUAUAAAAAGAAAAUGUGAUUUCAUCCUCCCUCUGUCUCUCUCUCCAUCCCUCCAUAAACAAAAAAGAUUGCUGCUGAUUAAAAAACUGAUUGCUGACGUGUAAAAUUAAAAAAAUAAAAGAAAAAAGAAACAAUUUUGCCUUGAUUACAAAGACAAUUGAGGGUUCUUUUGUAAAUUAAAGAAUUCAUAUUACAAAUAAUCUUUCAUCUUGUUUGUGGGGAGAGAGAGAGAGAGAAAUGCUGUUUUUUUUGGUUGCCCUCUAGCUGAUUAUACCAGAGUAAGACAUAAAGGCAGCCGGCAUUAAUUAACCACGCUGCCAUUAUGCUUUAAACUUGCUUUACUGCAUUUUGGUACAUGCUGUAUGAGAGGCCAAAUGGGGUGAGUUUAAGGGCAUGGUUAUGCAGCGAUUGUAAUGCGAGUUUGUAAUUGGUUUCAUAAGUAGAAACAAAAAAUGAAGAUGAAGGUUGAUUUUUUUGGAGUA